UUUGGCCCUUCUUCUCGUCAUUGGAGCUCUCAUGGCUUGUUGUCCUACAAUGGAAGCAGCCGCAUCCAAUUUUUCUUUCGCAGAUAACUUCGAUAUAAUGUGGAAUGAGAGUCAUUUCAAGACCUCUGAAGAUGGGAAGGUCUGGUACCUCUCCCUUGACAAUAGUACAGGCUGUGGGUUUCAAACAAAAUAGAGAUACAUAUUUGGGUGGUUCAGUAUGAAGCUCAAGCUUGUUGGAGGCGAUUCUGCUGGUGUUGUGACAGCCUAUUAUAUGUGCUCGGAUUUGGGAGCAGGGCUAACGAGGGACGAGCUAGAUAUCGAGUUCUUAGGGAAUAGAAUAGGGGAACCCUAUUUGAUACAGACGAACGUUUACCAAGAUGGAGUUGGGAACCGUGAGAUGAGGCAUAUGCUCUGGUUCGAUCCAACUGAGGACUUCCAUUCCUAUUCCAUUCUCUGGAACUCUCACCAGAUUGUGUUCUUCGUCGAUGCUGUGGCGAUAAGGGUUUUCAAGAACUCUGAUUCAUUAAACAACACUUUCUUCCCUAACGCGAAGCCCAUGUACAUCUUUUCCAGUAUCUGGAACACCAAUGACUGGGCAACCAGAGGUGGGUUGGAGAAGACGAAUUGGACAUUAGCUCCAUUCGUGUCCACAUACACAGAUUUCAAUGUCGAUAGUUGUCAAUGGCAAGACCCAUACCUUGCUUGUGUCUCCACUACCACACAGCAAUGGUGGGAUCAAUACGACGCUUGGCAUCUCUCCGACUCUCAGAAGAAGAUUACGCUUGGGUUCUCAGAAAUCUUGUCAUCUACAAUUACUGCCAAGACACAAAGAGGUUCCCAACCUUGCCACCAGCGUGUUCUUUGAGU